GGUCACAGGUGGUGAACUGUAUGAAAGGUUAAGAGAAAAGAGAGAGAAAACAAGAGAAAGAAUGAAGGCAUCACUUGAUUUAAUAACAAAGAAUAACAAGUCGAUUGCUUUAACAGAACAGCAGAAUGCUACUAUAUCAUGUACUAAUACUGAACUACAAGGACAGCAAGCAAUGUGUAGUACUGGUAAAACAAAAUACUCAUUAACUCCAUUAAACAUUACAUACUCACCCGGUGUGGAGCAACUGGAUCAUGAAGAGAAACAAAUAUGUUCAGUCCAUCGUAUAUUACCUGAUGUAUAUUUACACUGUAAAGGAGUAAUGAUUGCUGAGAGUAGGAAAUGUGGAGGGAAGCUACGUCUGAUGGAUGCUAGGAAGUUGUGUCGUAUUGAUGUAAAUAAAACUAGAAAGAUAUAUAAUCAUCUUGUGUCUAAAGAACUUGUACAACCACCAUCUUAACUUAUUAUUAAUGCAUGCUGGUAUGUCUUCUAUAUACAAAAUAUUCAUUCCUGCUGAAUAUUUUAUAGUGAUGUCAUACACAGGUGAAAAUGGUCCAGCUUGGUUACAUUUUUUGCUGUAAUAGUUAAUUUGUAUCAAAUUGAUAACCAUCAAAACAUUUACUCCUUUGAUGGAAUCAUGGAAUUCAA